AUGGAAAAAGUUCUAAAUGGAGUGACUCAAAAAGAAGCCUCUUCUAAAAGGACAUUAAGUAGUGAUAAAUUCAAUCCUAACCAACUUGAGGAUAAUGAAGAUGAGUGGAUAAUUAACUUUGACGAAAUUAAUCCUGAUAAAUCGACUAGUAAUAUUUCAGAGACUAGUCAAGCUUCAGAUUCAGAGAUAAACAUUUCAUUAGAAAGUAGUAGUAUGUGGUUGUAUUUUAAUAAGAAUCCAGCUGAUGUAUUUGGUUAUAAUGUUUGUAAAAUAUGUUCAAAAAAAUAUCAAAUAUCAACAAGUGUAUCUUCUUUACGAAAACAUCUUCAAACACAUCAAUUUCAAGCACCUACAAAAAUACAAAAAAUUAAAAAUAAUAUUACAACUUCUUAUAAUAGGCAAGAACAAAAUAAAUAUGAUAAAUAUCUUAUUCAAUAG